GGCUGAGCAAGGGGGGGAGAGGAAAAGGUCUUUUCCGGUAGGCGGAAGUGGGGGGGGGGAAGGCUUUGCUACUGAAUGGCCCAAAGAAAACAGGAAGCGCUUCCGAUCUUCAGCAGCCAGCAGAAGCCUUAUAACUGGAUCUGGGGAAGGUUUGCUCACAAGCUGUGCACAGGUGGUCUUCAGCUGUCAUCUUGGCAGAGGUGUGGAAACGGCUGCUGUGCCUCCAGUCCAGCGUCCCUUUUCCUUUGAGGAGGUAGCUGUGUAUUUCACCGAGGCAAAAAAGGGCACACCUAGAUCCAGGACAAAGAUCUUUUUAGAGGGAAAUCAUGCUGGAGAACUAUGAGAAUGUGGUCUUUCUGGGGGAUGAAUGGGAAGAUGAGGAGGAUGAGGAACUGCAUCAUCUAUCGCCAGAUGAAGCCAGGGAUGAAGACUCAAGAGGAAGCUUCAAGUCUCAGAGCAUACCAAAGCAGCAGAAAGGAAGCCACAUAGUCGAGAAAAGGGUUCAAUCCUUUCCUUCUCAAGGGGGAGAUUUCCAUGAAGCAAUUGACAUGGUGGAGGAAUUGUACAAGUGCUCGGAGUGUGAAAUGAUCUUCCCGGAUGAAGUCCAUUAUAAUGCCCAUUUGCAAAUGCACAGCGGAACAGAGACCCAUCAAGACGUGGAGUGUGGAAACAGCUUCCUCUGUGGAGCCGAGCUCCUUCAGCAUCAACAGAUCCAUGCAGGAGAAGAACAUUAUACUUUCUCAGACGGUGGUGAGAGUUUCUUAGAGAAAUCGGACCUUCUUACACACCAAAGCAUUAAUUCGGGAGAGAAUCUGUUUAUCUCUUCAGAGAAUGGAAUGAUGUUCUCUGAUGGAAGUCAAGGAGAUCUGUUUGUCCCAGGGCACAUUAUAAUGAAUAAAUGCUUUCAGUGUGGAAGGUCCUUUAAAUACAGAUCACAGCUCCUUGUGCACCAAAGAUUCCACACAGGGGAGAAACCUUUUGAGUGCUCAGAGUGCGGAAAGAGAUUCACUCAGAGCGGUGAUCUCCUCCUUCAUCAAAGAACCCACACAGCGGAAAAACCUUUUGAAUGCUCAGAAUGUGGAAAGAGAUUCAGUCAGAGCGGCACUCUUCAAAGGCAUAUAAGAACUCACACAGGGGAGAAACCUUUUGAAUGCUGUGUGUGUGGGAAAAGAUUCCGGCAGAGUGGACAGCUUCACAAGCAUUUAAGAAGCCACACAGGCGAGAAACCUUUCGAGUGUUCAGAGUGCGGAAGGCGAUUCAGCGUGAGUGGUGAUCUCUUAGUGCAUCAGAGAACCCACACAGGGGAGAAACAUUUUGAAUGCUCAGAAUGUGGGAAGCGAUUUGGUUCGAGUAGCCUGCUUUACAAGCAUUUCAUAACUCACACAGGGGAGAAGCCUUUUGAAUGCUCAGUAUGUGGAAAGCAAUUCAGUUGGAGUGGCCAUCUUCACAAGCAUUUCAGAACCCACACAGGGGAAAAACCUUUUGAAUGCUCAGAAUGUGGAAAGAGAUUCAGUCAGAGUAGUCAUCUUCAGUUGCAUCUAAGAACCCACACAGGGGAGAAACCUUUUGAAUGCUCCUACUGUGAAAAGAGAUUCUGUCGGAGCAGCCAUCUGCACAAGCAUUUAAGAACUCACACAGGGGAGAAACCUUUCAACUGCUCAGUGUGCGGAAAGGGAUUCACGCAGAACUGCCAUCUUCAGAAGCACCUAAGAACUCACACAAAGGAGAAACCACCUGAGUGCUCUGAGCAUGGAAAGGAAUCCAGUCUGAAUGACAAUCUUCUAAAUCACUUGAGAACUGACACAGAAGAGAAGCUCGUGAAUGUGCAGAGUCUGGAAAGUCCUUCCACUGGAGCAUCGCUUUCCGGCAGCAUCUAAGAACCCAUAGGAAAGAAAAAUCUUUUGAAUGCAAAGAGUGUGAAAAGAAACCCAUUCUGAGUUGUGAUCUUCAAAAGCAUCUCUGAACUCCUGGAGGGGAGAAUCCUGUAGGCUCAGAGUAUGAGAAGAGAUUCAGUUAUUCUGGCCAUCUUCAAGAACAUCAAAGCACUCAUACAAUGAGAAACCAUAUAACUGCAUAGCUCGCAAUCUCCUUUGUCUUCCUCCCCUAUAACAAACACCCUGGGAGGUAAGUAGGGCUGAGAGGCUCUCUCAGAAGCUGCCCUUUCAAGGACAACCUCUGCCAGAGCUAUGGCUGACCCACGUCCAUUCCAACAGCUUCACGUGGAGGAGUCGGGAAUCAAACCUGGUUCUCCCAGAGCCAGUUUGGUGUAGUGGUUAAGUGCGUGGACUCUUUAUCUGGGAGAACCUGGUUUGAUUCCCCACUCCUCCACUUGCAGCUGCUGGAAUGGCCUUGGGUCAGCCAUAGCUCUGGCAGAGGAUGUCCUUGAAAGGGCAGCUGCUGUGAGAGCUCUCUCAGCCCUACCCAGCUCACAGGGUGUCUGUUGUGCGGGAGGAAGAUAUAGGAGAUUGUAAGCCGCUCUGAGCCUCUGAUUCAGAAAGAAGGGCAGGGCGCUGCAGUCUUCUUCUUCUCUUAUUUUGCAUGUAAAAGAUAAUCCCAUACCAUAGAAAGAGUUGGAGCCAUGUAAAUCCUUGCGAAAUGCUUGUGAUCCUGAUACUAUUCUGGAAGAAAUGAUAUAAAUGUAUUGACUGAGGACCUUUUUGAAAUAGAUCUCACUGGAAGAGAUCUUUGGGUGGAAGGAGAUUCAAGACCGGUCUAUAUCUCCUUAACCGUUGAGGAACCUAAUAAAUGCAGUAUAACAAGAGCCUUUGUCAGAUGAUCCAGACAGAGGAGAACCUUUCCUGUAGCAGGUUCUGAUGAAGUUCUUUGAAUAUUCUACAUUAUAUAAAAGUCCCUGAAAAUUCAAUAGGUAGCUUUACAUAUAUUAUUGCAUUGUUUUCUUAUUUACUUACUCUAACUAGUGUAACUGAUACGAUAUGUAAUUUUAAUUUUCACUUUUAUUAUACUUCAGACACCUGAGCCUGUAAGUCCUGAGGAAGGGCCUACAGAAAUGAGAUUAUGCUGGCUAUCGUAUGUGUGUGUUCACACUACACUAAGUAAUGCGUUUUACAUCCAGAUUUUUACUGUGUAAGAAUAGGAGAAACCCAGAUGUAAAACGCAUUAUUUAGUGUCAUGUAAAUGUGCCAUGUGUCUUACAAGGUUCAGCUUGUUUGAGCUUUCGUUGCAACUCUCUGUGGUGUUUGCAUUUCUGACCAUAUUGUGAAUUUUCUGAAUUUUGUUUUAAUGUUUGUCUUGAUAAUAGCUACUACAAUACAGAUAUUGUCUUUCAAGUUCA